GUGUGUUCCUGCUACAGGGAUACCAAGAUGGAAAUUCAGGGGCUUUUUGCAGCCCAAAAGAUACAACAUCAACAACAUGGCGCCCCUUGUCUGACAGAGCAGCUUCAGCACAAUUCAGUGGCCGACAAAGUCAGCCAAACUAAAUUAACCGAAACUGAAGCGGCCCGGGCGAAUAAACCGGAUCUAUGCAGUCAAGAGUACAGUAGCAAUCGAGCCAGGCCGUCUCCAUUUCGCCUACUGGCAGAAAAUGGCAGCGACAGUGUCCCUGGUCACAAAAACAGCCGUGUUAACAACACAUCGAUGCCGAGUUAUACGGCGAUUGGGCUCCGUAACGUGAAUAAUGUGGCGGUUGUCGGUGCCAAAGAUCAAGGUGGACGGGAAACUGGAUCGAAAGGCGAUUUUGAAAGCGACGAAAGCGGAUUGCACUCGGCAUUUCCCGUCUUCCUUGUAGAGCGCAGGCAUCCAGAGCAGCAACAGCAGCAGCUUCAACUACAGCUGCAAGAUGGCGCCUUCCCGCAUAGCCCACAGGCUAGGGAGAAUGGAGCAGUUUUGAAUCUCAAAAGCAAGGAAAACGAAGGAUUUUACGUGGUUUUCAACAUCGUUCGGGAGGGGGAAUCCCAUUGCAAGGAAAGCGGCACACAAGCUUUGUUAGCCGGUGGAGAUGCAAGGGAGUAUAACGUAGUUGGCCAUGGCAACAUCAAAAAGCCCAAAGACGCCAUAAUGGAGCCACAUCUUUUAAACUCGGAGGAAAAAGUGCCAACUCUAGUCAACGCCAGGAAAGCUUUCUCCACCGUCAGUGUAUCAUGCAGCAACUUGGAAGGCCAGAGUGAGCAAGUGGAUCGUGAGACAGCAGAGACUUUAGGUUUGACGAAACAGGCGUGUUUCAGUGCCAACUGCGAAUCGAUUGAAAACAAUAAUGUGAUGCAUGUUACCGAGUUUAUUAAUGAGAGUAGCGAUGUGUACCAUACCCCGGACAAGAUCCGAAACAGAAACCCGAUUGAAAACAUGGUCGAACUCCAGCAGAAGUUAAACAGGACCCUUGGGCUAAGUUUCGAAACCCCCACUUCCUCUGAAACCAUUCAAAUAAAUACCCAUCAAGCAUGCACUGAAAACAGCCUGGAUGCAAGCUUCUCUGAUUCGACCAGUCAGAAUAUCAGUGGUGGCAAUUUGUCUGGCGAGACGUUUUCAGGUACCAUAACAAUAAACAACCAGAGUGUUAUAGUUACCAUAGAGAACGGGGUGUUAACCCUGGCAGCUCCUCUGGGUAAUAACAAUCGGAAGGAAGACGCAGUUGCUGCGUUAAAGGAACAUCUCGGGGUGAAAGAUAAUCAAGAAAUCGUCCUGAUAAACUCUGAGGGUGCCACUAAAACAACGACUGAGAAAAGUGUCAACAAAAGUAGCAAGUGUAGUGCAGCUAGUGGGUCAUCGGGGCAGACGGAGGAUGUUUAUCCCGGACUGCGAUUGAGUUAUUCUGGAUUACAUCUGAAUAAGGAGUUGUCUUUUACAGACCCCAGUUCCAGUAUGGAUUUAGGUACAUAUAACAAAGACCCGGAAGAUGGUGGCCUGUGUUUAGACGCGGCGGAUAUUGUUUGCACCGAGUCUAGAGAUGGGCAACCAAGUAGUUUUAUUAUCACAGACAGUGAGGAUCGCCAAAUGAAGCUCGGCGAUGGUAUAACAAUGAUGUCCAAGAGGGGAGUAAUGGUUGUGUACCAUUGCUCCCAGGUUGACUGUAACGAAACCUUUGACACAAAACACAAACUGAAGAUACAUUUGCUGUCUCACACCGAGGACCAGAGACCGUUUAAGUGCACUGUGGAAGGGUGUGGGUGGUCCUUCACGACCUCUUACAAACUCAAGCGGCACCUGCAGUCCCACGACAAAGUGCGACCCUUUGCCUGCGAGUGGGAGAACUGCGGGAGAAAGUUCACGACUGUUUACAAUUUGAAAGCCCAUGUUAAAGCCCACGAACAGGAGAAUACAUUUGUGUGCGACGUCUGCAGCGAACGCUUUCGUACGGGGACCAAGCUGACCAUUCACCAGAGAAUGCAUUUUGAACCUGAGCGGCCGUUUAAGUGUGAAUUUCCAGGUUGUGAAAAGACGUUCAUUACCUUCAGUGCGUUGUUUUCUCACAAUCGUGCCCACUUCCGGGAAACUGACCAGUUCUCCUGUUCCUAUCCGGGUUGUGACAAGCGGUAUGACAAAGCCUGCCGGCUGAAAAUUCACAUGAGGAGCCACACAGGUGAAAGACCUUUCGUCUGUGACUUUGAAGGCUGUGGAUGGACCUUCACCAGCAUGUCGAAGUUGCUGAGACACAAAAGGAAGCAUGAUGAUGACCGCCGGUUCACCUGUAAGGAAGAGGGCUGUGGAAAGUCAUUCACUAGAGCAGAACACCUGAAGGGACACAGCAUCACUCAUCUGGGAACAAAGCCCUUUGAAUGCAGCGUGGAAGGUUGCUGCGCUAAAUUCUCUGCAAGGAGCAGCCUGUACAUCCAUUCCAAAAAACACCUGCAGGACGGGGAGACGUUAAAAAGUUACUGCCCCAUUUCCAGCUGCAACAAGCAGUUCACCUCCAAAAGCAGCAUGAAGACUCACAUGGUGAAGCAUCACAACUUCAGUCCUGAUCUCCUGAGCCAGCUGGAGAUAACCAGCUCCUUAACCCCCAGCAACGAACUGACAAGCUCGGGCCAGGGAGACCUCGGCAACAUAGACAUCACUUCUCUCUUUUCCAGCGUGCCCUCCAGCACCCCGGGCAUCGCCAUGGACAUGUCCCUGGUAAACUCUGGCAUCCUGACCAUCGAUGCUGCCUCAGUGGGGGCCACCCUUGGGGGAGGUAUCUCUGUUAACAACAGCUCCCUAACCCAGACCGUAGACCCACUAAUCCUGGCAGCGGGCGCAGACGUCACCCAUGGCCUGGAUAGCGCCUUGGCACUGGGCACCAACAGCACAGUUCUGCAGCAAGGGACUCUGAACCUGGAUGAUGUGCAGACUGUCAACCCCGAAGCCCUGGGUUCACUGGCUGCCCUCUCAAUGAGGACCCCCAGUCAGGACCCCCUGCACGGGCUGACCAUCGACACAGCCACUCUAACCCCCUCCAGCAGCCUGGGGGUUAGCCAUGUCCCCGAGCUUUUGACUCCCACCAAGGUGGAACGCUCCCUGCUGGCCAGCUCGGACGUGAUCGGGCAGCAGGAGGGCAGCAAGGUUGUGACACAGUUUGUCUUUUCCAGCCCGACAGGCAGCUACAGCGCACAGAAAGAACUGGAGCUCAACACUGUGUCAGGCUGCUCUUUUCUGGAGAGUGGAGGCUCCGCCAGGACGGACUACAGAGCCAUCCAGCUUGCCAAGAAGAAAAAGAAGCAGAAAGGGUCCAGCAGCCCAGGAGGUUCCAGUUCAAACCAGAGGAAAACUAAAAUCAUCAAAGGAAACUGCGCCCCAGCAGCCACGUCCAACCCCAGCAGCAGGUUCAAUGGAGGGGUGGUGUCACCAAACAACGGGCUGACUAUGAGAGACCCGGCCACAGGAGCACAGUAUGUCCAGAUUCAGUUGUUACAGGAUGAUCCCCCAGGAGAUGGAGACCUGGCUUUCCAGCUCAGCUCCCAGUCCUCAAGCUCCUUGCCAGUUAACAUCCUUCAGGAACCUCACACAUCAACUGAAGAUGAUGCCGGAUCCGAUAACUCCCAGUUCACUGGAAGCACAAUAAACCUCCAAGAUCUAGAAUAACCUGCCUCUCUCGUGUGAAAGUAAACUAUGCUUGCGUGCGUUGACAACGAAAUGUUGAAUUUGGAAUUGGCUCUUUUAAAAGACUGCACGUUUUCUCAUACACAGUUUUUAUAUUUGGAAAACAAACCUGUUGGUAACACUUACUGAGGAUUCAACAGGAUCCAUUGUGUAAUCUAAAACUAGGUUUGAAGAAAACCUGCAAGGGUUGGAAGCUACCUGAAACAUGGAACAGAAUACCACUUUGCUGCUUUCCUUCAGAAAACAGAGGCUUUUAACCACUAGUGCUUACAACAGAAACACACAAUCAGUUCUGCUUUGUGUAGAAUGAGUUUAAAACGUACUUGUACUGUAAACCUGACCGGAUUGGUGUGUUGCUUAUUAGAUAUGGCUUAUCCAUUGUUUUAUCUGUUAAAGAUUAUAUCUCUUACUCUUUUUUUAUUAUGAAAUUGUUUACUGUGUAUUUUCUUCACUGCUUGU